GCGGCGGCGGCGGCGGUCUAGGCUGUGGCCGGGGGAAGUGAAUGGUUUUACCCAGAGGGCCCUGCGCCGCCUUUCUCCGCUGGCACCGCCGCCGCUCCCUGCUCCUCCUCCCCGGCCAUGGCGUUCACGUUCGCGGCCUUCUGCUACAUGCUGGCGCUGCUGCUCACCGCCGCACUCAUCUUCUUCGCCAUCUGGCACAUUAUAGCAUUUGAUGAGCUGAAGACUGAUUACAAGAAUCCUAUAGACCAGUGUAAUACCCUGAAUCCUCUUGUACUUCCAGAGUACCUCAUCCAUGCUUUCUUCUGUGUCAUGUUUCUUUGUGCAGCAGAAUGGCUUACCCUGGGCCUCAAUAUGCCCCUCUUGGCAUAUCAUAUUUGGAGGUAUAUGAGUAGACCAGUGAUGAGUGGACCAGGACUCUAUGACCCUACAACCAUCAUGAAUGCUGAUAUUCUAGCAUAUUGUCAGAAAGAAGGAUGGUGCAAAUUAGCUUUUUAUCUUCUAGCCUUUUUUUACUACUUAUAUGGCAUGAUCUAUGUCUUGGUGAGCUCUUAGAACAACACACAGAAGAAGUGGUCCAGUUAAAUGCAUGCAAAAAGCCACCCGACGAAGGGAUUCUAUCCAGCAAGACCCUGUUUCCAAGAGUAGCCUAUGGAAUCUGACCAGUUACAUUAAAAAUGACUCCUUAUUUUUUAAAUGUUUCCACAUUUUUUGCUUGUGGAAAGACUGUUUUAAUAUGUUAUACUUGGAUAAAGAAUUUAAAUGAAUUACGUAUAAAUUAAUGUAAAAUGAUUACCUCUGGUGUUGACAGGUUGGAACUUGCACUCCUUAAGGAACAGCCAUGAUCCCUUGAAUGAUUGCAUUAAUUAUUGUCCUUAGUCCAUUGGAAGCUUUUGUUUAUAGGAACUUGUUUUGGUUUUAAUGAAAUGCCAUCUAAUUACAAGUAGCUGUAGAUGACCAGGUGCUUCUGAUGAACUGAAAAUAUAUAUCUGAUCUGUGGGAAACUUCAUGGAUUUCCUCAUCUAUCAUGUAGACGAUUAUAUAGGAUACAUUAAAAAAAUAAGAAGAGUGGGAUUUUUCCCCCCUUUAACUUGAAUAUUAUCCCUGUAUAUUGCAUGAAUGAGAGAUUUCCCAUAUUUCCAUCACAAUAAUAUACUUGCUUUAAUUCUUAAGCAUAAGUGAAUAUAUAAAAACAUACGCUGAAUUACUUAUGAAGAAUGCAUUUAAAGCUAUUUUAAAUGUGUUUUAAUUUGUAGGGCAUUAUUAUUAAGAAAUUGGUUAUUAUACUUACUGUCCUAAUCUGGUGGUAAAGGUAGUCUUAAGAGUUUGCAAGUACUUCAGAUUUAUAAAACGGUAUGAAAGAGAACAUUGUAUAACUGCCCUGCUGUUCCUUUAGUGCAAUACAAUAAAAUUCUGAAAUUAAGACUUUCAGUGCAUUGUUUUAAAGAUUACAAAUAGCAAUUUCAUAAACUUGCUUAACCCAAAAUAAAGACAUAUUACUGUCAGUUUUUUAAAAAAUAGAGUAUUACAUUGUUUUUUUGUUUAAUACCACGUCUGGAUCUAAAAAGAUUUUUAAGUGACUAAGCACAUUAUCUUCUGUUGUCACUUGUCACAAUUCAUAACCAUUGAUGGCACAGCAUUGUCAUUUUUCUUACCAACUUAAAAAAAUUGUAGCACUUAUAAGUUCUAAAUUUUUUUUUGCCUUUUUGAAACAGCAGGUUUUAAGAUAAAAUGACUUAAUUUUUGUUUAGGCAGUUAAAUUAUGGCUUGCAUGUUUUCAUAAGCAUUUUUGUGCUGCAUUUGGGAUGAGAAAGUUAAGGCAAUUGAAAAUAGUGUAAGUGGAUAUGUUUCUUAAACAAUGAAAACCAAUAUAUAGAAAUUGCAUAUAAUGAUCAAGGGUGUUUAUGGAUAUCUUUGUAGAAAUCUAAGAAAAAUGCUUCCUCACUUUUGGGAGAGUAGCUGUCACAGCUUGGGAUUGGGUAAUGGAGGAGAAUAAUGUUGAAGAGGAUGUAGAAACAGGAGAAUGAGAAGAGUCACACCAUUUCAUAAUGAGAAGCUUUACAGACCUUGUAUAUUACAGCCUGGGGAACACCUCGAGGGAACUGACUGUUGGUCAGUUCCUGCAGUAAACUAUUUGCCGAUCACAGCUAGGCAUUGAAAAUUCAUGCUCUGAAUAUGAGGAGUCAUUCAGUUUCAGAUCCACCUGAUUAUAUCAGUACCUACUCCUGAUUUUUCUUUUUUGUUCACAACUACUUGUGAUCAUGAGAGACCCAGCCAAGUCUAUCCACCAGAUAGGUUUCCUGGGGCUUUCAUAAAUAAUCCUGUCCAAGUAUUUUCAAAACCUUUAUAAGUUUUAACAAAUAUCCUUUUAAUAACGUAUUCUGGAAUAUUCAGGAUUAAUGCAGGGUUUACUGGUUGCAAUUUGUGGAAGCCACCUUCUCAUGCUUUAAAAACCAGAUAUGUAGUCCUUAGUUGAUUCCUCAAAGAUGAUUGACCGUGAAGAUCACCCAUCUUGGUGGUAGGUUGUUGGUUCCUAGGCAUGUAAGUGAUUAGAACAUUGAGUACUUGGAUGGUCUCUCAAUAUCUACUCAUCUUUACCUUUUCUAGUGUUUUAUGCAAUUUAAUCCCUUACAGGAGAAAGUAGAAACAAAAUUGCAUUUGACAAUAUCCCAUUAACUCUUUCCUUGCUCUGAAUUUAAUUUGUGCCCCUUCUCCCCCCACCUAUUAAUCUGUUUGUUUUGUUUUGGAUAUUUUUUUCCAUUGAUUUUUAGAGAGAGUGGAAGGGAGGGAGAGGAGGGGAGGAAAAGAGAGAAAAAGCAUUGUGAGAGAAACAUCGAUUGGUUGCCUCCCACAUGUACCCUUGACUGGUAAUUGAACCUGAGACCCUUCAGUGUGCAGGCUGAUGCUCUAACCACUGAUCCACAUUGUCCGGGGCCCCUUUAGCCUUACUUAUAUUAUUCUUGCAGGUCCAGUUGAGGCAUAGUUAGCCUGGGUUAUAAUCCUUCCAAUAAUUCCUCUGCAGACAGCUGUUUAAAUACUCUUUCCCUCCUUGUUACAAUUACUUUUGAUAUUAAGUGCUUUAUCUUUAAGAGGUUUCCAACUCAGAAACCAUUACUGUAACACAUUGUGACUUAUGUUUACACUAACAGCUCUUUGUUGCUAUGGGUACUAUAGAUUCUCCUGAGUUAGAAAUCUUAUAUAACAAAUGUAGUCUAUUUAGGAGCUAUUCUCUUGAGUCAUACUACUAUAUCAUGGGUAGAAACUUAUUUGAAUGCCAAUAUCUGAAUUUUAUUAGUGGUAGUUCUUGAUUUUCAUAGUGCUCAACUGAUUUCCCCACCCCUGUCCCAGAGUAGAGGAGAGUUGGCUCCUAGGCUAUAUACAAACUGCUUAUUUGUUUGAAAUUUAAAUUAUUUUCCAUGAGAAGGGCAUGAUAGGAAAUGAUCAGAUGUCCACUUUUGACAUGUACCAGGUAUUACUAAAGCAUUUGAGAAACACCAUGGAUUAAAACAUGAACUGUCAGACCUACCAUCAGGUUCAGAUACCCUGAUAAUGGUCUCUCACAAAGUGUGUCUGUCUCUCAAAGGUGGUUCAGUAUUUUUCAUCUUGAGGACCACUCAUGCUAACAGCUCUCAGAAGAGCUCUUCUCUGCUCCUCAAAUCAGCUUUUUUUUUUUUAAUGUCAGAUAUUUGUAUAGAAAGGAAAUAGAGCUGUAGAUAUACUUUGAAGCUAGCAAAAUAUUUUCUUUGGUACAACACUUUUCUUUUCCUCAGGUUAUAUGUUUAUGAUCAGUGUUCAUGGAAUGGUAUUGUCAUGGUGCAAAUAAUGACUUCUGUUGUGUCUGUUAUACCCAGCAGGGGGCUGGGCUUUCAUCUUAGGUGUGGCUACAGCAUAGCAUUGUGAUACAUGGAGCCCAUUCAAGUACUGAUCUGUAUUUUAAAAGUACACAUCUAAGUUUGUUUAUAUAAUGUAAUACCCACAAAUGUGCAUCUCCCAAUCAGUUGUAUAGUAUAAUUGUAAAUCAAAUUCUGAUAGCAAAAAUAUUUUAAAACAUUCUUUUCAAAGGGGAAAGACAAAAAUAUUGACACUGUGUCUAGUAAUGUUCAUGAAAGUACUCAUAGUCACUUUUUUUGGAAACUAAUAAUAAUGUUAGUCUCAAAUAAUUUUUUUUGCUCAAACCAAUUAUUGAUCUCUAGUCAGACCAGCAGCUAAUGAGUCUCUGGGACUAAUAUAUAGCUCAGAAGUUGGUUCUGAACUAAUACUCUAGGGUGACGUCAAGAGCAAAAUGUGGUUCUAUUUCUGGAUAUGUUGAGUAGCUUUUGUAGAACAAUGUCACUAAAGCUAAAGCUAAAUGUUUAAAAGGGGUAAACAGCUUUGCUGUUUGUUCUGUUUGGUUUUGGAAAACAGUAUUAACAAUAUAAGGUGAUCAGUCUAUGGGAUGAGAGUGAAUGUCUUAUCCUACAUUGAUUUUGUUAAUGCACAUUGUGGAAGUGAAGAUGUAGUGAAUAUCUUGACAUGGAAAAGAAUGAAUAAUUUUAUUGUUCAGUGCUUUUCUAAACAUUGCAUUUCUUUGGUUACCAUGUUUAUGUAUUCUGGAGAAGAAAAGUUCUUAAAUAAUAGAUUGAUGACUGGGUAGACCCUAAAACUGCUAAGAGAAACAUAGAAUGUAGUUAGCUAUUUGUGCUCCAGGUUUGUUGAAAUCUAAGUUAACCUUAAAGGUGCUGUACCACCAUCCAAAGAAAAUGCCAUUAAGUAGUCCUACCUUCCUAGAGCUUGCUUGAUUUAUUUUGCUUUUGUAUAUUUAAUAAAAACCAUCUCAAAUGUU